UCGUAAUGUGGCAUAAUGAAAAAUCGAGUUUUCUGGAAAACUGAUGAACGGUAAUAGCUAAAAACUUGAACUAAAAACGAAAAAGUGUUCCAUUCAGUUUUUAGUCAGUCAUGAAAAUAUGAAGCCGUAGUGAGUUUUAGUUUUUAUUUCACAGCAUUUGUACGAAAGCCCAAAAAGAGAAGUGGUACCCUUAGAGAAACGCUUCCGGCUCCGGGCGUGGAUUACUCGUUUUACCCCAGCUUUUGACUAUUCGAUCAUAAGGAAAAACCAGUAAUAUCUUUAUUGUGACUGAUUACAGAGUGGUGACUUAGGAUUCUCAGAAAUAAAUUCAAAAAGAGGAUCGUUAAAAUUGUUUCAAUUCGGAAAGAUGCUAUUGUAUCUUGGCUAUCCCAAUCGACGAAAAGCCGCAGUUAUACAGGAAGACACCAAGUGCAUUCUAUUAUGAGACGGACUCGGUAGUUUAUUACGCUAAAUUAUUAUGUUUUACAGAGCUCAUGCUGAUUUUGCAAUUAAACUGCCAAAGGACCUUGAUCCGGUCAACGCUGCGCCACUGUUUUGUGCUGGUGUAACGGCGUACAACGCUCUCAAAGUAUCAAAAGUUCGACCCGGUCAGUGGGUGUCAAUCGUCGGAAUCGGAGGGCUUGGAUCGAUAGCUGUCAGCUAUGCAAAAGCGAUGGGAAUGAAUAUUAUUGCGGUCGUUCAAGAAAAUGAUAAAGCCGCAUCAAACCUAGCAAUGAGCAUUGGAGCCAAUUUAGUAUAUGACGGACCUGCUGAUAAACAUGGUCAAUGGAUUCAGGAACAUGUCGGAGGUGUGCAUGCGGCCAUUGUUGUUGCUGUUGCGAUCGUUGCCUACGAACAGGCUCUUAUUUCAUUGAGAUCCGGAGGAAAAUUAAUCGCUGUGGCAUUACCAGUCGGAAAACUCUCAAUUCCAAUAUUUGAAACAGUUUUGCGCUCAAUUCAAGUUAUCGGUAGUGUAGUCGGCACAAGACAAGAUAUGAGAGAAGCACUUGAAUUGGCUAGACAACACAAUAUUAAGUGUACUGUUCAAAGUCGACCACUCGAAGAUAUUAAUCAAAUACUUGAUGAUAUGCUCAACUAUCGUAUCAGUGGACGAAUUGUCAUCAAUUUUAGAACAUGA